UUUGGUCGUUCGACAAGCAUAAUUUCGGGACUCGCACACGGUGACGGAUCUAAAAAAAGACGCAGACUGUGUAAGCGUAAGAUCAAAUCAAGAUUGAUUUAAGCACGGGCUGAGUUUGUAUGUAAAUUAAAUUCAAGUGCUGCGAAGGCGCAACAAUGUUGUAAAAAUUAAAAGUCAACUGUAUUAUAAUAUAUAUCGUAUGCGUCGUGAAUGUUGAAUGUAAUUUGUGCUUCAAAUUUUUAUGAUAAAUUUUGCUUGUGUGUAAAUGUGUUCGACUUUGAGCAUUCGUACUAACGCAUACAUAUGCGUUUAUGCUAGUGUGAGUAAAAACCGAAACGCAAGCGACUCAACAAACGACGGCGUUUCGAAGCCGCCGACGCAGCAGCUGAGUUAAAGAAACGAAAUUACACACAUACUCACGCACACAGCUCUAUACUUGCGUACAUAAAAUAAAGAGAAGCGCAGAUAAAGCCACCAUUUUUUAGUGACGAAGAAGAGAGCAAGGCGCACGCAAGUAUUCGGCGCCUUUGGAUACAAAUAGAGGCAUCUAAGUUAAUUUUGUGCGUGUGGAAAUAAAGAUAAGAUCAUAAAAUGGCCAGUUUUCAAAUACAUCGUGACAACACUGAAAAGGAGAAUCCCGGCAUGCCGAGUCUAAAGGAAAAGUCAUCAAUGCUUAAUGGAGCUGGUGGUGUUAAGCAACCGCUCGCUGUAAUUGGUGGCAAGGAGAAGGCUCUGGUACCGCGCGCCAAUUUGGUUGUGCUGAAUACCAACAAUAACCAUGGCAAUGUGCAGCGCGGCAACCCCGUGCCCACUGGCAAAAUGGGUUUUCGUGAAGUUGCCAAGGUAAAAGUAGAUGAAAAUGCUUGUUUUGGCGCCACCAAGAAGUCAAAUGUUGUACCCGUGGUGGAGCAAUUCAAGUCGUUCUCCGUCUACGAGGACAACAGCCAUACACAGGUGCAGUUACAAAUUGGAAGCACGGCUCUUUCCAUUGCAGCCGAUAAAGAGAAUAUUCAGGUUGUCGAUCAAAAGCUCGAGCAAGUACGCAAGGAAUUUGUAAUAGAUCAUGGCUACGAUCUGGAUGGCACGCCCAUGUCCGUCACCGAUGUGCAAUCGCCCAUGUCUGUGGACCGUUCCUUGGCCGAGACUAGCAUCAUUAGCGCCGAGAUAUCUGACAACAGCCAGUCCGAGGGCAUGGCUGAUCUCAAAACCGAUGCUGACGUCUCGCUCUUGGAAGGUCCUGUCUUGCCGCGCAACGAUCGUCAGCGCUUCUACGAGGUGGUCCAAUAUCAACACGACAUAUUGCAAAAUUUCCGCGAGAGCGAAAAAAAACAUCGUCCCAAGCCUCAAUAUAUGCGUCGCCAGACGGACAUCAAUCACUCGAUGCGCACCAUUCUGGUUGACUGGCUGGUCGAGGUAGCCGAGGAAUACAAACUGGACACGGAGACACUGUACUUGUCUGUCUCCUACUUGGAUCGCUUCCUCAGCCAAAUGUCGGUGAAGCGUGCCAAGCUGCAAUUGGUGGGAACUGCAGCCAUGUACAUUGCCUCCAAAUAUGAGGAGAUCUAUCCACCAGAUGUUGGCGAGUUUGUCUUUCUCACUGACGACAGUUACACCAAGGCUCAAGUGCUGCGCAUGGAGAAUGUGUUUCUUAAGAUUCUCUCCUUCAACUUGUGCACGCCCACACCGUACGUUUUUAUCAACACCUAUGCCGUGCUGUGCGAUAUGCCAGAGAAGCUGAAGUACAUGACUUUGUACAUUUGUGAGCUGUCGCUGCUGGAGGGAGAAUCGUAUAUGCAAUAUUUGCCCUCACUCAUGUCGGCUGCUUCGCUGGCAUUUGCACGUCACAUUCUGGGCUUGCCGAUGUGGACGGCACAGCUGGAGGAGAUAACCACAUACUCCUUGGAUCAGAUGAAGCAUGUGAUUGUGCCGCUGUGCAAGACUCACAAGACGGCCAAAGAGCUAAGCACGCAGGCCAUAAGGGAAAAGUACAAUAGGGAAAAAUACAAGAAGGUGGCUUCUAUUCAACCCAUCGAACUGAGCCAAUCCGAAAUGGAUAAAAUUGUACAGGAUUAUAAGGCGGCCAGCAAAUGCGAGGCAGAUAAACAGCAACAGAUACAGUCGGGCAACGAUACGAAAUCUAAAGUCAAUUUGUUUUAUAAGUUUUAAGUUUGUUUUUAAAAAUUCAGCAUCAAGCCAUGAUCAAAUUGUAUUGUAGUUUAGCUUUUUCAAUGUAAACCCCUCCCUCUAUUAGUAGAUUUAUUCGUUGUAAAUGUAAGUACAAUGCAUUAAGAUUUUACUGCCACACCUGAUCGCUGACCCACAGGCGCACGCCACACAAAACGAGCACUGCCAACAACAACAAAAACAACAACAAUAAUAACAUUAGCCACAUAACUCCAAUUCAACAUCGAACGUACGUACACUCACUGGCAAGCUACUGGACAUUUGUAUAUGCUAACAGGCCAUAUAUAAGAAAGAGGAGCUACAACCUAAAAUAAUGCGAUCCACGUUCAAAGCGUGCGCAGCAGCAAAUCACAAACAUGCACCAUGUGGAUUGUUUGAGGGAUUUACAAAGAGAGCGAGAGCGCCACACGAUUCACAAAUGAAUCGAGCUAGAAAUAAAUGAUGAAGCGUUUAAAACAAUCCCUUAGGCUACUUACUUAUACAAUUUUUAAGUUAUUGAAUUCAUUAUUUGUUCAAUGUCGUAUUUUUUAUUUCUUAUGUAUUUAUAUUUAACCAGAUAUGUAUGUUUACAAUAUGUCUUUCAAACAAAUCGGCCCGCGAACAGCUACAAACUAAAACAUAAAAUAUUUAUGCUACACAUAUGCUAACUAAAUAGGCUAUAAAUGUUCUGUGAACCCUGAAGCAAAUAUAACAAAAAUAUAU